AUGGGUCAGAAAUCCAAAGACACACUGGCCGUGCGGCCCCAGAGUCGCUCUGGCCGUUCUUCUAGUCGCUCCCCCAAGCCAAAGAGUCAGAAGUCCGCGACCAAGCCCGCAAGCUACGCGUCGGAUGGGGUGACGGAUAACGAUAUCUUCAGCCUCCCCGGUUCUGAUUACAAACUUUUGGCCCUGAUAACGCUGGUUGCUUCGGCUGUUCGAUUGUUCAGGAUCUAUCAGCCCAGCAGUGUGGUGUUCGACGAAGUCCACUUCGGUGGCUUUGCGUCCAAGUACAUCAAGGGUCGGUUUUUCAUGGAUGUUCAUCCACCGCUCGCCAAGCUUUUGAUUACCCUGGCUGGUUGGCUUGCAGGCUUCGAUGGAGAGUUCGACUUCAAGGAUAUUGGCAAAGACUAUCUCGAGCCUGGCGUACCCUACGUCGCGAUGCGAAUGCUGCCGGCAGUUCUGGGUGUUCUCACUGUCCCGCUGAUGUUUUUGACCCUCAGAGUCACUGGGUGUCGGACCUCAACCGCGUUUAUGGGUGCCACUGCUGUGAUUUUCGACAAUGCAUUGACCACUCAAUCGCGCUUGAUUCUUCUGGACUCUCCGCUGGUGUUCUUCACCGCACUUACAGCGCUGUCAUUCAACUGCUUUACCAAUCAACAAGAGCUGGGGCCAUCCCAUGCCUUUGGUAUUCUGUGGUGGUUUUGGUUGGUUGCCACCGGCCUUUCCCUGGGUGCGACUCUUAGCGUUAAAUGGGUUGGGCUUUUCACCAUGGCCUGGGUGGGGUCCCUUACGGCUCUUCAACUCUGGGUGCUGCUGGGUGACUCGAAAACUGUUACGCCGCGGCUGUGGUUCAAGCAUCUGUUCUCUCGGAUUUUCUGUCUUAUUGUCAUUCCGCUUUCAUUCUACCUCGCGAUUUUCGCCAUUCAUUUCACAUGCUUGGUUAAUCCCGGUGAAGGUGAUGGCUUCAUGUCGUCGGAGUUCCAGGCAACUUUGAACUCGAAAUCCAUGCAAGACGUCCCGGCAGAUGUUUCCUUUGGAUCGCGCGUCACUCUUCGCCACCAGAACACGCAAGGUGGCUACCUGCACUCUCACAACCACAUGUACCCGACGGGAAGCAAGCAGCAGCAGGUCACGCUCUACCCCCACAAGGAUGACAACAACAUGUUCCUCUUGGAGAACCAGACACAGCCUCUUGGUCCCCACGGCGAGGUCGAGGGUCCUUAUGCCUGGGACAACUUGACUUCUCAAUAUAUUGAGGAUGGUGCGGUCAUCCGGCUUUAUCACCUGGUCACCCACCGACGAAUUCACUCGCACGACGAGCGCCCCCCGGUAACAGAGGCCGACUGGCAGUUGGAGGUCUCGGCCUAUGGAUACGAAGGUUUUGCCGGAGAUGCCAAUGAUCUGUUCAGGGUCGAAAUUGUCAAGCACAUGUCCGAGGGCGAAGAGGCCAAGAAACGGGUGCGAACCAUUCAGACCAGAUUCAGGCUCGUGCAUAUCAUGACUGGCUGUGUUCUGUUCUCGCACAAGGUCAAACUUCCAGACUGGGGAUGGGAGCAACAAGAAGUGACUUGCGCUAAACAAGGUACCUUGCCUAAUAGCAUUUGGUACAUCGAGACCAACCUUCAUCCCACAUUGCCCAAAGAUGCAGAGAGAGUCAAUUAUCGGAACCCAGGUUUCUUGGGUAAAUUCUGGGAGCUGCAGAAGGUGAUGUGGACUACCAACGCCGGCUUGGUAGAAUCUCAUACUUGGGAUUCUCGUCCUCCGUCUUGGCCCACUCUCCUGCGAGGUAUCAACUUCUGGGGCAAGGAACAUCGCCAUAUCUACCUGAUCGGAAACCCGCUAAUAUGGUGGUCGACGACUCUGGCCGUUGGUAUCUACUUGGUGUUCAAGGGUAUCUCCAUUCUUCGGUGGCAGCGAAGCUGUGGUGACUACCGCCACAACUCCUUCAAGCGCUUUGACUACGAAGUUGGUACAAGUGUUCUUGGGUGGUUCUUCCACUACUUCCCGUUCUACCUCAUGGCCCGGCAGCUCUUCCUGCACCAUUACCUCCCGGCUCUCUACUUUGCUAUUAUGGUCCUUUGCCAAGAGUUCGACUUUGUCACCAGUCGGAUCAAGAGCUUCGGGCUUGCAUCAAACCCGGCGAUUGGCAAGAUCUUAAUGGCAGGUUUCCUUGGGCUCAGUGUUGUGGUAUUUUCCCUUUAUUCCCCUCUCGCCUAUGGCAAUCCUUGGACACAGGAUGCCUGUAACAAGAUGAAGCUGUUGAGCUCUUGGGAUUUUGACUGCAACUCCUUCCAUACCGACCUAAACCAAUAUGUCACUGAGUAUACACGGGUUGAAGGUGCCGAGCCCACUAAUGCCCCCCUUCCACCCUCUGAGCAGUAUGGAUCCGAGUAUGAUGAGGAAUCGGUUGAAGAGCAGGAGCCAGCGGCUGUCACGCAACCCAAGAUCCCCGGUGACAAAGCCCGUGUCGAAUACCGUGACCAACACGGCAACCUUCUUCCUGAGUCUGUGGUUGCUUCGCUACGUGCGGAGGGCAAUGUUAAGUUCGAAACCCGGUAUUCAUCCAGCUUGCAGAACGCGCAUGAAGUCCCAAUUGUCGACGGUCAGCCUGUCUAUGACCAGAUUGCGCCUCCGCACCCGGACGUGGAGGGUCAAAACCCCGAGACGGGCGGGAAUCCCGAGGACUCAGUGCCUCUCGAGUGUCCUGCAUCCGUUGUUGAUGGUAAUGAGCAGUCGGCCGAGCAGUUUGGUUACCCAGAACCGAGUCCCGCAAACGAGUGCUUUGAGGCUACUUGA